GAAGUCAAGUCGGCAAAGGAUUGAGCAGUUCGUUCAAAAAUUCAAAAAAUUGGAACGAAUUGGCGAGGAAUUUAACGUCCCUGAAGUCCUCUCACCGAUUCACGAUUCACCCGACGGAGCGUUCAAAUUGCCGAUGCCAACGGAAGAGUGGACAUGAAGAAAAAGGGAGGACAUGAAACAAGAACGAGAGAGAUAUAGAAAAGAAAUAGAGAAAAAUGGGAAGCAAUGGACAGAUUGGAAGAUAGGAGAGUUUCAUUGGGAACACGAGGGAAAGGAAAACGAAAGGCUAAACGAUAAUGAAGACAAAAAACGAAGAAGGAAAAGGGAAGAUGACAGCAUUAAGAAGGAAGAAAACCUCAAGAAAAUUAAGAGAGAAGCAAACAAUAGAAAAAACGAAAACAUCGAGCUAAAGGAAAAAGGAACGAACAUCAAGAAAGAAGAAGUGAACGUAGAAACAAGGCAGACGGAGAACAUAGAGUUAAAGAAGGAGGAUUCAAACAAGAACAAAAUUCAAAAGGGAAAUAAGGGUCGGAAGGUUCGAGAGGAAGAUUUGAAUACUUUAGAAGGAAGAAGAUGGCUGAACGAUGAAGUUAUUAACGGGUACUUGGAGCUCAUCGUGGAAAAAUAUGAAAAAACCUUCGCGUUCAGUACUUUUUUCUUUUCGAGAUUGCUUUCGGGGGGAUUCUCGGCGGUCCAAAGAUGGACGAGAAAGUUUAAUAUUUUCGAGUUCGAUCUCGUUCUCAUUCCCUUGCAUUUGGGAGCACAUUGGUGUCUCGCCACAAUUGACUUGAAAAACCGUAAAGUCAACUAUUUUGAUAGUUUGAUGGGGAACAAUAAAGAAUAUCCGACUCUAAUUUUCGAGUAUUUAAUGAUGGAAGCGGCAAGUAAAAAACAGACCUCCUUUGAUUCAAGUAAAUGGUCGAUUGUUAUAAAAAGGGAUAUCCCCAAGCAGCUCAACAAUUUUGGCUGUGGGGUUUUUGUGUGCUCUUUCGCCGAAUAUGAGGCUGCGGGGCGUGAGAUCGAUUUCGACCAGAGCAGUAUGGCGGAGAAACGCCAAUUCAUAAAAAAUUGUCAAUAUCGAUAAAUCCCACUAGCGACGCGACACAUUGCUGAACAAUUGUAACACUGAAAAACUAUGCAAUCUGAUUUCAUAAAGUGUCGGUAAAAGCGGGUACAGGUAGAGCAAUAAUAAAACAACGAACGAAUAUGAAUCUCUCACAUUUUUCUUUCAAAAGAUAAAUACACACAUAUUGUUUGCGAAUUCUUUUAUUUAUUGUGCUAUUAACGUUGUACGACAUUUGCAAGUUAAUUUGAAUAAACCAUUUGUGAUUUCAUGUGACACGCACUCAA